ACACCCGGCCGCAGGGCCCUCGCCGCAGGGCCGGUCUACGGAGCGGUUACCGUGGGCUGCGCGACCAUGUGGCGCCUGGGAUGCCGCAGUCCAGGAGCAGCGAGCUCUGCUUACAUCCCAAGAGGAGACGCACAGGAAUAACGGAACAAUUCCUACCAUUCCUACCGCAUGCAGACAGACAAGUUCCGUGGGGACCAAGAUGAACACAGCCCGGCGCUUCUGGAAAAUCCGGAUGGUGGAGUGAACCAGUGGCAGUGUCAAGUGCCACACUCUUCCAGGAAGCCCCUGGGUUGCCCAGCCCUGCAGUCCUCUCCCUCCUCCCCGGUGCCUCCCCAGGUCCUCAUUGACUGGCCGUUGCUGCCAGGGCGGCCGUCUCCAGGCCCAUGGCUCAGAACUGAGUGGUCCUGUGCUCAGCUGCAGUCCGCACAGCAUGGGUCCCACCGCAAGUUCUCUGCCCCUCGGCAUGGACACCUGGGCUUCUUGCCCCACAAGCGGAGUCGCCGGCACCGGGGCAAGGUGAAGACAUGGCCGAGGGACGACCCCAGCCGGCCGGUGCACCUCACGGCCUUCCUGGGCUACAAGGCCGGCAUGACCCACACGCUGCGGGAGGUGCACCGGCCUGGGCUCAAGAUUUCCAAGCGGGAGGAGGUGGAGGCGGUGACGGUCGUGGAGACGCCGCCUCUGGUGGUGGUGGGUGUGGUGGGCUACGUGGCCACCCCUCGCGGCCUGCGCAGCUUCAAGACCGUGUUUGCAGAGCACCUCAGUGAUGAGUGCCGCCGUCGCUUCUACCGGGACUGGCACAGGAGCAAGAAGAAGGCCUUCACCAAGGCCUGCAGGCGGUGGCGCGACGCUGACGGCAAGAAGCAGCUUCAGAGGGACUUCGCCGCCAUGAAGAAGUACUGCAAGGUCAUUCGGGUCAUCGUCCACACCCAGAUGAAGCUGCUGCCCUUCCGGCAGAAGAAGGCCCAUAUCAUGGAGAUCCAGCUCAACGGCGGCACCGUGGCCGAGAAGGUGGCCUGGGCACGGGCGCGGCUGGAGCAGCAGGUGCCCGUGCACAGCGUGUUCAGCCAGAGCGAGGUCAUCGACGUCAUUGCCGUCACCAAGGGCAGGGGCGUCAAAGGGGUCACCAGCCGCUGGCACACCAAGAAGCUGCCUCGGAAGACCCACAAGGGGCUGCGCAAGGUGGCCUGCAUCGGGGCCUGGCACCCCGCCCGUGUGGGUUGCUCCAUCGCCCGGGCAGGGCAGAAGGGCUACCACCACCGGACCGAGCUCAACAAGAAGAUCUACCGCAUCGGCCGGGGGCUGCACGUGCAGGACGGGAGGGUGGUCAAGAACAACGCGGCCACCAGCUACGACAUCACAGACAAGUCUAUUACGCCACUGGGCGGUUUCCCCCACUACGGGGAAGUGAACAAUGACUUCGUCAUGCUGAAGGGCUGCAUCGCCGGCACCAAGAAGCGGGUCAUCACACUGCGGAAGUCCCUCCUGGUGCACCACAGCCGCAGGGCCCUGGAGAACAUCGAGCUCAAAUUCAUCGACACCACCUCCAAGUUCGGCCGCGGCCGCUUCCAGACCGCCCAGGAGAAGCGGGCCUUCAUGGGUCCCCAGAAGAAGCAUCUGGAGAAGGAAAAGUCGGAGCCCGCUGGAGAGCCGUAGGCAGAGUGGGGUGGAAGGCACCUGACAGCAGCUCCUUGGCCGGGAAGCGCUUCCCGUUUAAUAAAGGCCUGAGGCCA